UCAAAAUGGAUAUAUUAGAAACUGCAGAAAACACUUGUGAUCUCGAAGAAAUUGAACAUCAAACUCAUUUCAACACAAUUCUCCCAUCCUUUAUCCAAAGUUUUGAAAUUCAAUCUGUUAUUCCAUCCGAGGAUUUGUCUCCUAAAGAAGAGAACAUACCUCAAGAAAAUGAAUUAAAGCAGGUCGAGGAUGUGGUAAAGAUUGAAGUUGAUUCUCACCUAAAAUUCUUUCUGUCAAGAAGCAGCCAACUCACUAACCAAUUUGGAAAAGAAAGAACUGUAAUCGGAUUUGAAAAUUCGAAGCUCAAGCUAUCUUUCAUUAAUCAAAUAGCUCCCACCAUUUUCACCAACAAUGAAAUAAAAGCCAAAAAUGGGAAAGCACUAGUAGUUGCAAUUUGUGAAAAUACUACCAACUCCAAUGCUAUCAUCAAGACAGGUCUUUUGUCGUCGGCCUUGGUUGAGAUCGUUGUCCUUGACUGUGAAUUCGGCUUCAAUCGACGACGAGAGAAAAAUAAUUGUUGGAGUAGGGAUGGUUUUAACAAAAGUAUUGUUUCUGAAAGAGUGGGGAAAAGACCCUUAAUUGUUGGGAAUGAUAAGAUAAUUCGCCUGAAUAAUGGGUUUGGAGAGCUUAAUGAUUUGAGCUUUACUGACAAUUCAAGUUGGACCAAAACUAAGAAGUUUAGAUUGGGAGUGAAAGUUUUGAAUGAGGAAAUCUUAACUAAUUUCCCAAGAAUUGAGGAUGCUGUCUCCGAACCCUUUAGAGUGAUGGAUCAGCGUGGUAAAGGGUACAAGAAACACCACCCUCCAAGUAGGGGAGAUGAAGUAUGGCGAUUGGAAGGAAUUGCCAAAAAUGGUGCAUAUCACCAACGCUUGUCCUCCAACGCAAUAGAAAAUGUGGAUGAUUUUUUGAAGACUUAUAAACAAAAGGGUUCUACUUAUCUAAAACAGUUUUGUAUGCAGCUACUUGGAGAGAAAGUCCCUGAAAAGAUAUGGAAAAAGAUGGUUAAUAAUGUUUUAGAAUGUGAUUCAGUUGAAAAUGAAGCUAAUUUAAACAACUUGGAAGAUGGGAAAUUUUAUUAUCAAGACUUUCCAUCCUUCAAUCCAACGCCUGGGCAACACUUGGGGGAUAAUUAUGAAGCAAUGGGAGGCCAAGAUUUUGAAGGGAUGGGGGAGGAAGACAAGCAUUCUUUCAUUUCCAAUUAUGACCAUCCACCACUGUUGCCACAUGGAGAGGCUUCAACCUCAGACAACCAUGAGUAAUACGAAGGGCGACGUUGCAAUGGGUUAGUGCCUAAACCCAAACAAAGUAUUAUUACUCCAACAAUACAAUAGUAAAUUUAGAGAUCAGGAAGAGAGAAAAAUAAAACUGUAAUAAAAGUUAAAUUCACACGAUUUUGGCGAGGAAUAUAGAGUGAAGAAGCUUUAAUUACUAUAAUUUAGUAUUAGUUUUUGUUUUCUUUUAAUGUUGAUCUAAAUUUUCAACAUGUAAUAAUACUUUCUAUUCAAUAAUAUAUCCGGGAUAGUGUGUGGUGCUAAAGAAAUAGCCUUCUAGCGAGGUUAUCCGAAUGCACCCUAUAUCUUGUUUGUUUCCUUGAUAAAAAAAAAAAUGUUCAUCUAAA